CCUCUCCCCGAUUAUCUGCCGCCUCCAAACCCCACCCCCACCACCACUACCACCACCACCACCACCACCAAACACCACCUAGGUCCGCCACCCACUAUCCCCCAUGUGGAUGGGAAUAAAACAAAAGAAGCAACAUUUCCAUUUCCAAUUUCCAAGAGGCUUCCCAUUGAAAAUGAUACCAAAAUUUGCCAGCUAACCUUGUAUUUCAGGCUUCAUUGAUACAGAGUUCAUUUCUGCACCUGGGCUUUGAGCUUUAGGCUCUUUGAUUGGAAGGGGUUGUGAAGCUUCCGGGGGUUUGGGUCCGCUACUGGCCAUGGCGGACAUAGUUAAGCAAAUCUUGACGAGGCCGAUACAAUUGGCAGAGCAGGUGUCUAAGGCGGCAGAAGGGGCCAACUCGUUUAAACAGGAUUGCUUGGAGCUUAAGUCCAAGACCGAUAAGUUGGCGGUCCUCCUCCGCCAGGCUGCGCGUGCUAGCUCGUAUGAGCGCCCCAUGCGCCGCAUCAUUGAGGAUACUGAGCAGGUCCUGGAUAAGGCGCUUGCGCUGGUGAUAAAGUGUCGUGCCAAUGGCCUCAUGAAGCGGGUGUUCACCAUCAUUCCUGCAGCUGCAUUCCGGAAAACAUCACUGCAGCUGGAGAAUUCGAUUGGUGACGUGUCCUGGCUGCUCCGCGUGUCGGCAUCUGCCGAUGAUCGCGAUGAUGAGUACCUGGGUCUCCCUCCAAUCGCUGCCAAUGAGCCCAUUCUAUGCCUGAUAUGGGAACAGAUUGCUAUUCUUCACACGGGUUCACUUGAGGAUAGGUCUGAUGCUGCUGUGUCUCUGGUCUCCUUGGCCCGCGACAAUGAUCGGUAUGGAAAGCUCAUUAUUGAGGAAGGAGGGGUUCCACCCCUUCUAAAACUGGCCAAGGAGGGAAAGAUGGAAGGUCAGGAGAGUGCUGCAAAGGCUCUUGGUCUUCUGGGACGCGACCCGGAAAGCGUAGAACACAUUGUGAAUGCAGGUGUGUGCUCAGUGUUUGCGAAAAUCCUCAAAGAAGGUAGGAUGAAGGUUCAGGCGGUGGUGGCUUGGGCUGUCUCAGAAUUGGCUGCCCAUCACCCCAAAUGCCAGGAUCACUUCGCACAAAACAAUAUAAUCCGGUUGCUUGUUAGCCAUCUAGCAUUCGAGACUGUUCAAGAACACAGCAAAUAUGCCAUUGCCAGCAAACAGACGAUGUCGAUUCAUUCAGUUGUGAUGGCAAGUAAUAACCCCAAUCCCAAUCCUAAUCCCAACUGUAACAAGGGAAAUGAAGAUGAGGUCACCGCCCACAUCCCUCAUCCAACUGGAAACCAAAACCCGAGCCAGAUGCAAAAUGUGGUUACUAACACCAUGGCAAUGAGAUCAGUAUCCAAACCGCCGCCUAUGCCACAGCAACCGCAGGGGCAAAACCAUGCAAUGAACAACAACCCAAACCAAGCCAAGGCAAACAACAGCAACCCGAAGUCGAACAACCAUCAUCAGCAACAUGCUUUAGCUGGGACAAGCAUCAAGGGGAGGGAGUUUGAGGAUCCAGCCACCAAGGCUGAAAUGAAGGCAAUGGCAGCAAGAGCCCUGUGGCACCUCUGUGAGGGAAAUGCCCCUAUAUGCCAUAUAAUCACUGAAUCAAAAGCACUUCUAUGCUUUGCAGUUUUACUAGAGAAGGGCCAUGAUGAUGUUCAGUUCAAUUCAGCCAUGGCAUUGAUGGAAAUCACAGCAGUUGCUGAGCAAAACUCUGACCUGAGGCGCUCUGCCUUCAAGCCCACCUCCCCAGCUGCAAGAGCUGUGGUUGAGCAGCUACUAAAAAUAAUUGAAAAGGCAGACUCGGAUCUUCUCAUCCCCUGCAUCAAAUCCGUUGGGAAUUUGGCCAGGACUUUCAGGGCAACUGAAACCAGAAUCAUCGGACCAUUAGUGAGACUUCUGGACGAAAGAGAACCAGAGGUUUCAAAGGAGGCAGCCAUUGCACUCAUUAAGUUUGCCAGCACUGAGAAUUAUCUCCACCUCAAUCACUCCAAAGCAAUCAUACAAGCAGCUGGGAUUAAGCAUCUGAUUCAGCUGGUCUACUUUGGGGAACAAAUGGUUCAGUUUCCUGCACUGAUCCUCCUAUGCUAUGUUGCCAUGCAUGUCCCUGACAGUGAGGUACUGGCAGAGGAAAAGAUCCGAAUAGUUCUGGAGUGGGCAUCAAAGCAGGGGAAUAUGAUGCAGGAUCCAGAGAUUGAGACACUGAUAAACGAAGCCAAAAGCAGGCUCGAACUCUAUCAAGCCAGCUCUUCAAGAGGACACCCCUGAUUCCAUCCGUCUGUACAAUAUGUCAAUAUUUCCAGGAGGAAUCUCAAAACAAAAUUUUCCCUUUUCUUUUCUUUGCUUCUCUUUUCUUUUCUUUUCCUUUGUUUAAUCUCCCACUAGACUGUAUAUAAAGUUAGCUUUGCAAAUUGUUUAGACAAUAAUCUAAAUCCCGUUCUUUUUCCGGUUUUCA